AUGGAUGACACUGAUGUAGUCGUCACUUUCCAGACCUUCGUCGGCGUCUUUAGUGACUUUCUGAUCGUCGCCAUUCACACCAUCCUCUAUGAGCGCCACAUCUACCCUCGCGAGUCCUUCCUGUCGGCCAAGAAGUACAAUUACAGCGUCCGCCAGUCUCGACACCCCAAAGUCUGCCAAUGGAUCAACGACGCUGUCGCCGCCGUCCAAACCGAGCUGCUGAAAGGUACCGUAGACCGUCUAGCUGUUGUCAUCUACUCGCAACAAGACAUACCUCUCGAACGCUUCGUCUUUGAUCUCAGCCGCUUCCCUUUUGUCCCAAAGGAAUACCACUUUACUCCCAUGUCACGUACCACCGACGAUGGAGAGACCGUCGCCGUCCUUCCCAGAGUCGAUCUAGAAGAGCAGAUGCGUGCAACAAUGACCAGACUGUCAUCUUGUGGCUCCACCCUGAAGCCUCUACCCGAGAACUGUACAUUUACUGUCGCUAUAGAAUUGCGUGACAAUACAAGUCCUCCAAUUGGUCAUCCUCAACCUUGGAUUCCUGCUCAGCCCGACCUCCGCAACAAAAACCCUGAUGCUGCCAAGAAGAACAGUCGUACUACUCCUUUGCGAGCCGUUUCCGCCGGAGACAUGGUCUUUGAGACCUGGAUUGAAGAAGCAAAAGCGAAGCUCGAUCCUGCUUGA